UUCACCAUCAUCUCCUUCACACAGAAAAGAGAAGAAGAGAAAUAACUUCUCCAGGGCCAUUUUUGCGUAAUCCCUCUUGAUUUUGCUCAAUGACUACUCGCAAGUCUGCGCCUGCGCAACUAAAAUCCACAGCCUCUUUCCUUCUCUUGGCUCUCGCCAUCCAAUGCGUUGCGUGUUCUCGAUCACUCAUCGAGGAUGUAACUUCGUCCGCUCCUAAUAAUGCCAUUCCAUCGGUAGCAAAUCCAGCUCAGUUGGCUGUCCUCAAUCCGGCUGCUCCUGUGGCACCGGCUGUGACUACAGCCAGCACCACCAGCACCACCAGCACCACGGUGGGUGGCGCCGAGCUUCAUCCGUUGACCUUCUACAUGCACGACAUACUCGGCGGCUCAAACCCAUCAGCUCGGGCCGUGACCGGCAUUGUGGCCAACCCAGCGCUAAGCGCUCAAGUCCCCUUUGCCAAGCCUAACGGCGCAAACCUCCCUAUCAAUAGUGGAAUUCCACAGAACAGCGCCAAUAACGGACUCAUCAACAACAACAACGUUCCGUUCCUGACCGGAUUGAGUGGAAAUACAGGUAACGUCAUUCAAAACAACGGAGUCAACCUGAUCAACGGCGGGGUCGGGUUCCCGGUACUGAACGGAGGCCAGCUCCCCCAGGGAAUGACCCUUCAGAAGCUGAUGUUCGGGACGCUCACCGUCUUCGACGAUGAGCUGACCGAGGGCCACGAGCUCGGCUCCGGCCUGGUCGGCAAGGCACAGGGGUUCUACGUGGCGAGCUCCGAGGACGGGCACAGCCAAACCAUCGCCCUGACCGCCAUGUUCGAGGGCGGGGGCUACGUCGACAGCCUCAGCUUGUUUGGGGUGCACAGGACCGCCGUGUCGGAGUCGCAGCUUGCCAUCAUGGGAGGGACCGGGAAGUACGUGGACGCCCGAGGGUACGCCACGGUGAAGACGUUCCCAGCUCCUCCGAACCAGCAAAUUACCGAUGAGACGGAGACCCUGCUCGAGUUCACCUUAUACCUCGCUUAAUAUACUUUUUCUCAAGUAAAGUACAGAGAAACUCUCUCUUGUCGGAGGUGUUCUCGUGCUUCUCGUGACUGCAGCAAAUCUCAAUCUGAACAAAAUUUUCAACUGGAGAUCGUCCGGUGAUUUA